CCUUCUCCUCCAAAAAAAAUUAAUAAUCCAUUAGAAUAGCAAUAACUUGUUACGAACAAGUGUUAUUUAAAAUAAAAUUGUACAUGUUUUCAUGAAUCUAGAUUUAGUUUUUUUAUAUUCUAUAUUAUGGUUGAGCUGAUGAAGCGAUGUCCCCGGCCUUUGAAAGCCUACACGGUGAGGUCUCACAGAAUUCAUCAGCGUGACUGGCAUAAAGUCUUGCGUUGGCUUUUACGAAAUAAAAUUACUUUAUUAAUCACCAGCAUUUGCUUCACGACACUCCUGAUAAUUUCUACACAAAACGAUACAGUUUAUUUGUAUUCGCCCAUUCUUGAGCCCGGGGCCAUUUUCGAUUACUCAGAUCUCAAGAAUUUGCCUCCUGGACUUCGUGAAACCCUGAGACAAAGAGAAAAUGACGAGAAAAAAGUUGAAGAAGAACUUGAAGAAAACAGGAGUAAAGAUUAUUUCCCAUCCGACCAAGAUGAGGAUCCGAAGCAAACUUUAAUGAGCACUGAUAUCCAUAACUUGAAAAUUAAUAUGCCAACCCCAGAAACCAGGUUUUCGGGGUCAAAGUUUGACUCCGAGUUUCGUAAAGUUCAGCGUAAGAACGAUCCUCUCAUUGACGAUGAUGGUAAUGUUGUCACCUUCGAUCAGGAGUUCUCAAGAAAAUAUUUCCAUGGCCGACGUACGCGCUUGCCUCAAAAUCUGAGGAUGCAUAAUGGUUUCAAGGAAAUUGAAGGUUUCGUUAAAGAAAAUGCCUUGCAAAAAGGUGAAGAGUUAAUUAAAGAACGGAGCCUUCAUGAUAUCAAAAAUUACGGAGAUAACAAAGAGUAUGAAGGCGCUGAUAUAUCAGGCGAAAAUACUAACUUUGGAACUAAUAAGGAACCAAACAAUGUUUUGAGGAUCAACUCUUUAAAAAAUCCUUUAUCAACAUCUGUCUUGCGGUCAAAGCGCGAAGAAAAAUCGACCGAAAAAAAUAGCACCUGUUUACCACCGUGUCCCGCCCAGCCGCCUGGUCUGCGCGGGCGCGAGGUGGUCGGUCUUAUGUCCAGCCCGCAGCAGGCUGAGGAGGUGGCGCGGGGGUCGGGUGUUCAGGAGGGGGGGCGCUGGGCCCCGUCCCACUGCUGGGCCCGCUACACCGUCGCCAUCGUGGUCCCCGUCAGGGACAGGCGGGACCAGGAAUGGGCAUUCCUCUCGCACAUGCAUCCAUUCCUGCAGCGACAGGAGCUAAACUACACCAUCUUCAUCGUGGAACAGGCUGGCUCAGCUUUGUUCAAUCGAGCGAAGCUAUUAAACGUGGGUUUCGUUGAGGCGAUGAAGGCAGCGCGCUUCGACUGCAUCGUCUUCCACGAUGUCGACAUGUUGCCUGAGGACGACCGCCAUCUGUACCACUGCGCUGAACAACCGCGACAUAUGGUUGUUGCUUCGUCUAAUAAUAAGUAUAGACACUUGAAUGGCUUCCUCGGGUACCGAUAG